AUGGCUUCCAAACUAAGCCAUCUGCGUCCUGCGCUAUACUUCCGAGCAGUCCCUGCACGCAUCUCCGCACCUCGGACAUGCCUCGCCCAAUAUAGCUCCCACUCCCCCAUGGGAUCAACAACAACCACCCGCAAGAAAGUCACCAUCCAAACCCUCCGCAAUCUCUACAAAAAGAACGAACCCAUCACAGUCCUCACAGCAUCUGAUUUCCCCAGCGGCCAUGUCGCCGACACAGCCGGUAUGGAGAUCGUCCUUGUGGGGGAUAGUCUUGCUAUGGUAGCCAUGGGCAUGGAAGAUACAAAUGAAGUCACCAUGGACGAGAUGCUCCUGCACUGCCGCAGCGUGAACCGAGCUGUGAAGAGUGCCUUUACCAUCGCCGACCUCCCAAUGGGCUCAUACGAAACAAGCCCCGAAAAAGCCCUCACAUCCGCCAUCCGCAUGAUAAAAGAAGGCGGCAUGCAAGGCAUAAAACUAGAAGGCGGAGCCGAGAUGGCACCAACCAUCAGCAAGAUCUCAACAGCCGGAAUCCCCGUCAUGGCACACAUAGGACUAACGCCGCAACGGCAGCACAGUCUCGGCGGGUUCCGCGUGCAAGGCAAAUCCGUCAGCGGCGCGGUGAAACUGCUCACGGAUGCCUUGGCUGUGCAGAAGGCCGGGGCGUGCAUGGUUCUGAUCGAAGCCGUGCCGCCUGAGAUUGCGGCUAUUGUGACAUCCAGGCUGAGCGUGCCUACUAUUGGGAUUGGGUCUGGGAAUGGAUGUUCUGGGCAGGUUCUUGUUCAGGUUGAUAUGUUGGGGAAUUUCCCUGCGGGCAGGUUUUUGCCCAAGUUUGUGAAGACUUAUGGGGAUGUUUGGGGCGAGGCGAGACGCGGCAUUGAGGCUUACCGGGAGGAGGUUAAGAGUCGGGCUUUUCCUUCUGCGGAAUUUACUUAUGGGGUUGAUAAGGAGGCUUUGGCGGAGUUUGAGAAGAUUGUUGAGGGAAUGUCUGUUGACGAGGGGUAUGAUAGAGUUUGA